UAGAUCGGGUAGUGACACUUCCCCCCCUCUCCGUCUUGGCUCUCGUCUCUCAAGGUGCCUGGAGCUUGUGUGCGGCAUGGCGGAGGGUGAACCCAAGGCGAAAAAGCUGAAAUUACAGAAAAAAGAGCUCAGCCAGAAUGCACUCUUCGGCAUGGGCAACCCAUUGUUGGACAUCUGUGCUGUGGUGGACAAGGACUUCCUGGACAAGUAUGGCCUGAAGCCCAACGACCAGAUACUGGCGGAGGACAAACACAAAGAACUCUUUGAAGAACUGGUCAAGAAAUUCAAAGUCGAGUACCACGCAGGCGGGUCCACACAGAACUCAAUAAAAAUUGCCCAGUGGAUGGUCCAGGAGCCCCACAAGGUGGCCACCUUCUUUGGCUGCAUUGGCAAGGACAAGUUUGGCGACAUCCUGAAGAAGAAGGCAGCAGAGGCCCACGUGGAGGCACACUACUACGAGCAGGGCGAGGAGCCCACGGGCACAUGUGCCGCCUGCAUCACCGGCGACAACAGGUCCCUGGUCGCUAACCUGGCUGCUGCUAAUUGUUAUAAAAAGGAGAAACAUCUGGACCUGGAUCAGAACUGGGCACUGGUGGAGAAAGCCAAAAUAUAUUACAUUGCAGGCUUCUUCAUCACCGUGUCGGCCGAGUCCAUUCUGAAGGUGGCCAAACAUGCCUCUGAGAACAACAAGAUAUUUGCGCUUAACCUGUCGGCCCCAUUCAUCUGCCAGUUCUUCAAGGAGCCCUUGAUGGAGGUCAUGCCUUAUGUGGACAUCCUUUUCGGGAAUGAGACAGAGGCUGCCACCUUCGCCAGGGAACAGGAUUUCAAGAUAGAAGACAUUGAGGAGAUAGCGAAGAAGGCACAGAGUCUGCCCAAGGUGAACAAGAGCAGGCGGCGCAUCGUGGUCUUCACCCAAGGGAAACGGGGAACGGUGGUCACCAAAGGUGACAAGGUGGUGACAUUCCCUGUUGUUGAAAUAGACCAGAGUGAAAUCGUGGACACCAACGGUGCCGGAGAUGCCUUUGUGGGAGGCUUCCUGUCACAGAUCGUCCAAGAGCGCCCCCUGGAGGACUGCAUUCGAGCAGGGCACUAUGCAGCCAACGUAGUAAUCCGCCGGGCUGGGUGCACCGUCCCGGAGAAGCCAGACUUCCACUGACACACAGGAGCCUCUCUACCGAAGAUGCCCUUCUCAGUGACUGCCGGCCAUGCUGCUCUGCCCCCAUUUUUUAAAAACCAUUCCCCUGCCCCCACAGCCAGGACCUCGGCCUCCAAGACAGCAUCCCAGCAUAUUUCCUGUUUACCAAGAUCACAUGACUACUUAAGAUUUUAAGUGAUUUUUUUGGCUGAUUUACUCAAAGGAGUGUGCCUGUGCCUAUCUACCUGAGUGUCUGUACCUGUGUGAGUGCCUGUCUGUUGGUGUGUACUGCUCCUUGUGUCAGUAUACCAAACAAUUCUUGAAAGCACAGUUCAGACCUAUGGUGGACAUGACAAGUUGCCUGCUGGACCUUUACAUAAAGAAAACUGAGAAAGUGGAAAUAAACUGAUUGAAAUGGA